AUAAGAAAUCCAACAUGGAGGAGAGUGUGAUGGAGGUCUGGAUAACACCUUGCGAAUGUAUGAUAUGUGGCGUGUAAAUGACAGGUGAAAGUGUAAAAAUGUCGAAAUUUCUGUAUUUAGCAAACAAAAAAAACAUUACAAGGAAAAAUGUAGCAGCAACUGCAGCUGUAUGUCUAGUUGCAGCGUAUGCAGCUAAAAAAUGUUGUCCGGAGAUGAAAAAAGCUCUUGGUUGGCUUAUUGGAACUGGUGAUGCCGUUGACAAAGACGACAAACUGUCACUUAACAAAAGUUAUCGGGACACACAAGGGAAAGUUAAGAAGUCUACACCCACUGUCAACAAACGAUUUUAUAAGCAGUUAAGACACUUGUUGAAGAUCAUUAUCCCCGGACUUUGGACCAAAGAGUUCGGUAUAUUGACUGUUCACACAUUGACACUGAUAGUGCGAACGUUCCUAUCAAUAUACGUAGCAACGCUAGACGGCCGAAUAGUACAAACGAUAGUCAAAAGAGAUGUUAAAAGUUUUCUCCUCAGACUUACUCAGUGGCUCCUGAUUGCAAUUCCUGCAACAUUUGUCAAUAGUCUUAUACGUUUUCUUGAGUGUAAACUUGGGCUGGUACUCAGAACACGACUUGUAGAACAUGCCUACAAAUUAUACUUCAAAAAUCAAACCUACUACCGAGUUGACAAUUUGGACAGCCGCCUGGCUAAUUCUGACCAAUGUCUCACAGAUGACAUCACAAUGUUUACCCAAUCUCUUGCUCAUCUUUAUUCCCACCUAACAAAGCCCAUACUUGAUAUAGCACUAAUUACAUUCACUUUGUACUCGCAAGCUAGUCACCGUGGUGCAAGCUCCAAGUAUCCAUCCAUGUUGGCUGCUAUUGUCAUAUGUUGUACAGUUCAUAUUUUGAGAAUUGUUUCUCCCAAAUUUGGCAAGUUAGUAGCAGAGGAAGCAAAGCACAAGGGUUAUCUGCGUUAUGUACACUCAAGAGUCAUUGCCAAUGCUGAGGAGAUUGCCUUCUAUGGAGGCCACAAGAUUGAACAAAACUUGUUGCAAACAAGCUUCAGACAUCUAGCAAAACAAAUGGAUGUCAUUUUCAAAACCAAACUUUGGUACAUCAUGUUGGAGCAGUUUUUGAUGAAAUAUGUUUGGAGUGCUAGUGGGCUUGUUAUGGUGGCCAUUCCGAUCAUAUCUGCCACUGGAGGAGGCAUCCGCACUGACGGUAGUCACAUCGAUGAUGACCCAGAUGGGGGAGUCGGAGAGAGAACAAAAGCAUUUACUACUGCAAGAAACCUCCUCAUCAACUCUGCAGAUGCUACUGAAAGGCUAAUCUCAUCAUACAAAGAGAUCACUGAGCUUGCUGGAUACACAUCCCGUGUGUCUGAUAUGAUAGAGGUAUUUGAAGAUGUUGGAGAAGGAAAAUACCAAAAAAAUACUGUCACUAAAAUCGGAAAGGCUGUAGCUCUGGACCAUGUUAGUGGACCUCUGGAAAUCAAAGAUUCUACACCAAAAUCCUGUUACCAUGGUGAAGUUGUUGACACAGAAUCAACUAUUGAUAUUCGGGACCUGCCCAUCAUUACACCAAAUGGAGAUAUUAUUGUAGCCAACCUGAACCUCAAGAUUGAAAAAGGAACACAUUUGUUGAUCACUGGACCAAAUGGGUGUGGCAAAUCAUCUCUGUUUCGUAUACUCAGUGGGUUGUGGCCAGCGUAUGGUGGGAAACUCCUCAAACCACCACCCAGCACAAUGUUUUACAUUCCUCAAAGGCCGUACAUGUCUCUAGGAACAUUCCGUGACCAGGUGAUUUAUCCAGAUACUUUGGAGGACAUGACUGUUAAGGGUUAUACUGAUGCAGACCUGGAGAAAGUUCUAGAUAUCGUCAAUCUGAGACAGAUUGUUGACAGGGAAGGAGGAUGGGACGCUCACAGUGAUUGGAAGGAUGUUUUAUCUGGUGGAGAAAAACAGAGAAUGGGAAUGGCUAGGAUUUUCUACCACAAGCCUCAGUUUGCACUCCUGGAUGAAUGCACCAGCGCUGUGUCCAUUGAUGUUGAGAGUAAGAUAUACCAGACAGUGAAGGAUUCUGGUAUCUCCCUGAUGACUAUCACACACAGGCCAUCACUCUGGAAAUUCCACACUCACCUCCUGCAGUUUGAUGGGGAGGGAGGAUGGAGAAUGGAAGAACUUGACUCAAAUACUCGAUUGACCCUUAAUGAGGAGAAACAGCGUCUAGAGACUCAACUUGCAGGCUUGCCCAAAAUGCACAAGAGACUGAAGGAGCUGUGUGGGAUGCUAGGAGAAGACUCUGUUCUACUCAAAAAGGAAGGAGAGUCAGACUAGUGAUAGGAGGUGCCCUUAAGAAGGAUGGAGAGUCAGACUGCCAUUCUGAAUUAAAAAAUGUAUUAAGUCAUAUCAAAUAUCAAUGCAACGUCAUGGCCAUUUGUCCUGAAUAUGAAUGAGUGUCAGGUGUGUGCUAUGUGCAGAGAGAUGAAAUGUGGUUGGUACACGUUUUUGUGUAUGUGAUAGUAAGUAGGUAGUAUUUUAAUGUAAGUCUUUUCAAACACUUUUAUUAUUACAUAUGUACAUCAGUAUUAUUGUUUUGUGCAAAAGGUAAACAUGUCGUCAGUUUUGUUUAGUCUAUUUAAGAUUGGUGACUGAAAGGUUGUUAUUUAAACGGAAUUCACUCUGUAUUAAUGGAACCUCAGCUGUCCACCUUGGUCUCUCACCAAAAAAAACAGGCAGACUGUUAGAUGGGACAAUUUUGUCCAUAAACUGUUUCUUUGGAAAACCAGAUAGAAGGUGUCUGGAUUUUUGGAUAACAGGAUUAUUAGUGUUUGGAUAGUGAUGUGAUCAGAAUUAUUGAUAGAUAUUGAAUUGACAAGAUUAGUGGGGGCUGCAAAUUGGGACCAGUGGGGUGCCUGCUUGCUUUGCCAACUAGAUUAGUGGUCUCAUGAUAUUUUCAUAUACUUUGAUUACUCAUUUCCUGGCCUCAUACUCAAUAGGAGCAUGUCUCUUGCCACAUACUUCUGUUGGUGUAGGUUGUGGAGAGAAAAAGAGAUCAGUAACAUAUUAACAGUCUUCUGUUUUGGGAUAUAGAUAUUGGUUAGGAUAUCUUCACAUUUUGAGAGUAGAUCUAAGUACAAUCACAAUUAGUCAAUACAUUUGUAUAUUAAUCUGGAACCAGUAAAUUAAGGUUCGCAACUGCUUUUUCAGUUGAUUCAAGUGUUUCUUUGUUGUGCCCUGUCACCAUGGUUGAGUCAAAGAAUUUGGUUUCUACUGUCUAUUAAAGGUUAAAAUACUGCAUAUAAGCCACUAAAAAAACUUGAAAUUUAGGCAGAUGCUUAUUAAGUACUGUAUUACUAUAAAAUAGAUUUUUCUUAAAGUAAGUGUGCAGUUUUUAAUACAGUGGAUCCCACAUACAAUAUCGGAUAUUAUAAUAUCCCACUUAUUAUCAUAUUUUUUUCCAUGUACCAAAUUUUCUCUAUAUAGUUAUGAUAUGGUCCAACAUGAAUCCCGAUGAUUAUUAUGGACAAAUCAUAAUUUACUUGGCUCUGGAUACAAAUUGUGUUCCUUUUCUAUGAACUCUUACUGUUGAUAUAGUACGGUAUGCUAUUAUCAUAAAAGUUAAUUAUUUCAAAUAUAAUUUGAUUUAUUUUAAUGUGCUCAGACACAGUAUUCUCUCUUUGUUAAAAACCAAAUGUCUUUGCCUUUUUUUUUUUCAUUGACCUUGACCUUGAAAUUUGUAGAACAAAAGCUGAGAAAGUGUUUGAAUUUUGAGAAAUCUGUCUGAGUCAUGUUUUCUUUAAAUGUAGUAGAUGUUUAGAAGGUAUUUACAAAAAUACUGUGUAUAAGUCAAAUGUUAAAUUCUAUCUUUUGUCAUUUUAUGAUACAGGAGAUCUACUUUUGAUUCAUAUUUCUCCAAAGAUCCAAUCCCAUUGUCCCAAAAGAAUGAAUGAAAUUUGAUUGUAAAAUUUAAUGCUUGAUCAAAUUCAUACACAUACAUGUACAACAUUUAUCCAAUAAAAUAUGAUGGGUUUUUUAUUGUAAUGUAUUGUUUAUAUGGACUAUUGUUCCAGUGUAAAAUAGAAAAUUGUACAGUAUUUAUUUGAUAGAUUGGAGUCAUGUGUUGAAAUAAGCAAUUAUCUUUAUUUUUGUGUGUUGUAAGUUGUGUAUGAGAACUUUUAUUCUUAGAUUAAAUGUCCCGCUAUAAACUAGCUUUUAAGUCCGAAGCCAUCUUCAAGGCUGGUCUUCAGUAAGAAUGGAAAAUCAAAGAGAGUAUUAUCAAAAGAAAGCUGCACAUAUUUUGGAAUAUGACAUCUGUGUUACAAUUAUUAGAGUGAUUUUAUCUGUUGCCAAUAUACAGAUUUUAUAUUCCCACAAAAUUAAAUGAAACUGACUUUCUUUUUUUUAUUAAGAAAAUGGUUAGAUCAACUUAUCUACGGUUUCUUAAAAUCCAAUUUUUUUCUAAUACUACAUUAAGUAUUUUUCAGAUAUUUUUCUCAAGUGUUCAUAUUUUUUACUCCCUAUUAAUUUUAAACAUACAAUUUUACCAUUUCUUGAGUAUGUCCACUCUUUUCAUAAUUGACUAUGUAAUAACUAUGUACUACAAUGAUGUACUAUGAUCCUAUAUUCAGUAAAUAUUCGUUAGAAAUAAAUGAACAAUCAGCAGCACAUCUACCCAAAUGGUUCUAUAUGUACAUUGCAUUAUUAUUAAAAAGCAAAAGCAGUGUUGUGAAUGUAACAAGUGAAAUACUUUAGCAAUAAGAUUAUUCAAUAAUGGUACAAUGAUUUUGAAUGUUUGUCACUUGAAUGAUUUGGUGCUUGUAUGUGCUGUUUUGGGUUAGCUCUAAACAAACAGAUUAUUCACACAUACAGUGAAUCAAUCAAGUUUAGAUCCCUCUCAUUACUGUACCUCACUCUUGCCGCUUAUAUAUUGUUUUUGUUAAUUUAUGAUUGGUAAUAUUUUGUUUUUGUUGUUGUACGUUUUGUUUCCAGUCUGUUUCUGGUAAACAGUGUGUUUACAUUUUGUUCUGACCAAUAACGACAGUAAGUUUUCUCGGUAGCCACUACGGAGUGUUGGCAAAUGAUAGUGUGCUGUUACCGUACCCUCAUAAUAUUGCCUCAGUGUUUGGUAUGCUGUCUCAGCCUCAUCCACUGAAAGGGCAUAAUAAUGGCUGUAAGAUAGAUAUCAUAAUAUUGGUUUUUGUUUUUGUUUAACGUCCUAUUAACAGCUAGGGUCAUUUAAGGACGUGCCAGGUUUUGGAGGUGGAGGAAAGCCUGAGUACCCGGAGAAAAACCACUGGCCUACGGUCAGUACCUGGCAACUGCGCCACGUAGGUUUCGAACUCGCAACCCAGAGGUGGAGGGCUAGUGAUAAAGUGUCGGUACACCUUAACCACUCGGCCACCGCGGCCCCUUCCUAAUAUUGAAAUGGGGUGUAUAAAAUAUGGUGGGAAACAUAUGUAGUAUGGGAUUUAAUUCGAUAAUUAUGAGGUUUAAAUGUUUUCAGAUAUAUACACGGAAAAAAGACAAUCAGUCAUCAUUUUUAUGUCUAUUUUCAAUAUUUGGAGGUAGCUCUAACAGUAUUAUAGCCCAAUGCGAUAUAUUUGGAAUUGUCACAAAUCAGGAACAAGCUUUUAACAGUUUUUUGGUUUAAUUGUGGUAGAUUUGUAUAUCUUUACCUUGGUAAUGAUUUGUUGACCGAUUGUAAAGGUUAUUUUAUUAUCAAGUUGCAAAAAGGGUAUAUAAUAAUUAUAUUAUUCUUUAGGUUCGUUAUAUAUAUAUUUUACAUACAAUGUUGUCGAAACAGACAUUAAUGUUAUUGAGGGAAUCACACAGAAACUAAUUCGUGGUAUAUUAGCUUACGUCAGGUUGAUGAGUAUGAUCGUGAGUGAACUUUGAUAUAUCACAACCAGUAUAGGAUUAGAAACAGUAUAGGAUUAAGUGUGACACACCUGACAAGGGCAGCACAUCAUAGAUAUCAUAUUUAGAAUCAUUUGGUUUAUUGUUUAGUGUUAAGUAUUUCUAUUAAUUUCUGUAAACUCUUGCACAUCUAUGACCAGGUUAUAAACAAAGUGUAUCCAAUUUAAUUUCUCCGUAGAUUAGCCUAAUCAGAUUAGCCAGAUAAAUUUCUACACAUAUAGUAGCCAGAUUGACUUCUCAGAGUAGCCAAUAAAUUUCCACAAUUUAGACAGAUUAGAGAGUUUUUACUUCUCCUCAGAGUAGCCAGAUAAAUUUCUACAUAUAGUAGCCGAAUUGACUUCUACAUAUAGUAGCCAAAUUGACUUCUCCUCAGAGUUCUACAUAUAGUAGUUUAUAGAUUAUAGUGUAGACAGAUAAACCUGUCAGUUUGAUUACCAUCUCAUACACUUAUCACCUCGGGUACAUGCUUAGCUAGUCAUAUGUCUGAUGAAAAUGAGUGAAGUCACAGAAAUGUCACCUUUAACUCCUGUACUGUCCCGUACCAAUGUCCAUUCAUUUAUCUGGUAUGGGUCUGUUUCUAUUUUCAUAUCUAGGUUCCUAUUGGUUUGGGUACAUUCAUUUUUUAGAUCACAAGAACAACAUGGCUGACAGUUUCGCAAAAAUAUUUCUCUCAGGCCUUAGCUGUGUUGGUAGCCAUGCUUAAUUUUGAUAAAGGUUCUUAUUAACAUUUCUGAAGAAAGUCAUUUGGUCAACCUUGCUUUGAAAGGAAAAUGUCAAACGUGUGAAUAACAUUUGUUUAAAAGAUCACAUUGCAAGUUCACACAAGAUGUAUCUAAUCUUGACUAUCAAAUAGAUAAAGGAACAAAAUGAAACUUAAAUAAACCAAGUUCUUACUUUGGUAGAAACAAAACACCUGUGAUCCUUGUUAUUGUUUAUGUUAUUUAUUCCAAACAUCUGAUUGGUAAUUUGUUGUUGAAUUACCAGUAACUAUUGUGUGUGUUGUUUAAUUUUAUGUGAUGUCUUUGAUAUGCUAAACUGGAUGCACUGUUUCUAUUUGUUUUCCAAGCUUUCCUAUCAUAUUUAGAAUAAUUUUGUUUAUUGUUUCCUAUGCAAACAAGUGUUUCUAUUAAUUUGGACUUAGAAUUUCCAAGUUUAAUUUUAUGUGAUGUCUUUGAUAUGCUAAACUGGAUGCACUGUUUCUAUUUGUUUUCCAAGCUUUCCUAUCAUAUUUAGAAUAAUUUUGUUUAUUGUUUCCUAUGCAAACAAGUGUUUCUAUUAAUUUAGACUUAGAAUUUCCCAACUAAAUCAAGCGUUUGUGCUAGUCUGCUUGACCUACAAUGUAUAAGUCUUAUCUCUGAGAGCGUGAUUCUUAACUUAAUGGUUCCCAUUCCUGCAUGCCUUGCUUUUAGUUAGUAUUGAAAUGAUAAAUGACUGCAUCGUUUGUGAUCAAAUUAAAGAGGAAAUUUAAUACAAAAAAAAUGUUUUAAAAAUGUCUCUGGAUCUACGGUAUUCAUACGAACAAAAUAUAUGUCCAGUUUUCAGGAAAAGGGCUGUCAAGGUGAACAUUGUUUUGUUUUCACUGUCAUGAUCACAGUUAAGGAGAUAUUGACUUUUGUUUUCUACCAACUCAUUAUCAUCAAUUACAAGAUAUCUACCGAUUUUCAACAUGCAAAUGUACAAAACAAAAAAAGUUUCCUGCAUAAUAUAAUAUUUAAGGUAAAAGUUUCUUCUUUACACAUUAUAUACCCUAGUAAUUUAUAUCAAAAACAGACAAUGAGCUUGUGUGGAAAUAUCGUAGAUCUUAUGCAUUUAAUGGUCCAGGAAUACUCAUUAUACUUUUAUAUUGGAUAAAGACCAUGACAUCAAAAGGGCUAUUUCAUACAUAUGUACUUUGAAAUCUAAUUGCCAGAAGGAAGCCUAUCAUUUGAUUUAGUAAAUAAAUAUGAAAUCAUGAAUGGUAUAAAGGAUAUUUUAAAGAGCAUUGCAAAAUAUUGAAUAUUUUGUAUUAUUGUUUUCAAAACAGUGUAAGUUUAUGAAUCAUGAUGUUAAUUAGCUUUAAAAAAAAAACAACAAAAAAACUGUUUUUCUUUUGAAAACUUCUUUGUAAUUUAAACCAGCAAAAGUUUGUCAGCAGUGUUCUGAUGAAUGGAUGCAAUAUAUUAUUGUAUUUAGGAAAGUUUUUGUCAAAUAUCAAAGUCAUCAGUGUCAAAUGUUUAGUAUUUAAACAAACUCGGGGCAAGUCAGAAAAAGUUCAAAGUACUACAUGUACUUACAAAAUCUUCCUUGGGCCCUUACCAUGCCUUGAUUAACUUUAUUGUCUUUGACAGGUAAUUAAGAAACAAUCUAAUAUUAAGAUAAAGAGUAACUACUAGUAUAUGACCUUCUUCCAGUUGGACGUCAAAAUAUAUGCUAUUGCUAACAAGUUUGGCAUGUACUGCUGUAUUGCCUACCUGCUUCAUUAUAUCAAUGGUUACAUUAAAUGCAAACUGAAAAGCUAAAAAAGUUAACCAAAGUUUCAAAUAAUGUACAACAUAAAUAAUGUAUGAAGUGAUUUUUGUUAGACUUUCAACUUGACUGAUUUUCAAGGAUGAAUGUUUUUUUGGUACUGGGGUUUGAGAAAUUACGAUAUUCCAUCAGGCAUCCUCAGGAUUGGGUAUUGUACUCUCUUUUCUUGAAAUUAUAACCCCAGUUAAAUAUCCUUCCAACUUUCUUGACUAUAAAAUGUCAAUUAUUAUUUAAAGAAAUACCGUAAUAAAGACCAUUAUUGUAAUUUACAACUUCUAUUAGAAAUAUUGCACAAACAUUUUCUCUUGUAGAAUAAUUACACAAUGGAACAUUUCCAAUUGUUAUACUGUCUAAUUAAAACUUGAAUAAAUACUCUCUCUCAA